UUCCCAUAAGGUCCGACGUUCAAAAAAUAUCCUUCCCGUUGGAAGAAAGCUGUUAAGAACAAACUGCUGGACAUAACAAUUUUUGUCUUUGAAAGCGUUUUCUAGAUGUGUGUCUAUCAUGGGCAACACAGGUAGUAAAACAAACAGUCAUGACACAGACAAUGAGGGGGAAUCUGACUAUGAGCAUGCCUACAGCUUCCAUACAAAAGUACUGCACAAAGUACAGUCUGGUGGCUUUGAGUCAGAUGAUGAAGACUCUUGUGGCGAAUCUUCUCAGCCAGUAAAACAUAGAGCAUCACUUACAGAAAGCACAAAGGUUAUGGAGCCGUUACACUGCAUUUAUGCUAGUUGUGAUGGAGGAGAUGACAGUUCUAAAGAUGUGUUACAACAUGAUGGCAUUUGGGACAAGCAUUUGGCAUGCAACCUAGCCCAGAGUGAUACAUCGGUAAAAACUGCUUUUGGACAAAGUAGUUCUGAAGAAAAAAAGAUAAACAUAUCUGGAGAAAACAGGGAGCUGGUCAUUCUACCAAGUACAAGCAGAGAUCUGAUUUUGCACAAUAGUGCAGUGUUGCCACCAGGUCCACCAGAUGACAUGUAUGAGACAGCCACAGAGGACAACCAGAAUGAAAGUGGUGUUAAUUCAGAAGAUAAAGGAAAUGAUAGUGAUGGAGAUUCCUUUUCAACUAUUACACCACCACGUACAAGACCUCAGUCAGACUCAGAGUGCAGUUUUGAAGCUGAUUCUGAAUCGGAUGAAGAACAGGACAUCUCUGGCUUGGAGAGUCAGGACUUAGAUACAGAAUAUGCCCAUUCAUCAAUUUUGCUUCCUCAGCAUUCAUCUCCAAGGAGAAGCAGGUCUGAUGUGACUGGUCUUACCAACAGUCAGUGUGCUUUGGGACUGCAGUUGUCUGUUCGUGAAAGGGUAGGCAGGGUCAUGCGCAGUCAUACACGAAAGCGAUGUGCAUCAUCCACUUCAUUUUCUGUUGAAGAGGAGGUCCCAGUUAAGCAGCAAAAGUUUAUGGAUUCCAAACAUUCAACACCAACAAAAGUACAGUAUCGUUACCCUGAUUCAGAUUCUGAGUUGGAUGUUGCUAGGGCAUUGCAUGUAAAAAAUGAGAAGGGGGUCCCGGAGGUAGCGGCUUCUAGAAAUCUUAAAAGUACUUUGACUGCCCAAACUAUUCACAUGGCUGCCCGGCAAGCUGCUUCCAGAUUUAUUAGAACUUCUCGUCGUAUUUUAAAGGAUGCAAAAAUGGCUGCUAGAGCUCUCCGUACAUACUCUUCAAAACGGCAGGCUGCUAAAAUUUUAGCCAAAGAAAAUAGAGCGUCAGUAUUCGAAAGGACACAAGCAACACGAACAAAUGGAGAACAAAAAGCAGGUUGCUCUCCUAAAUGUCAGUCAGGACAAACCAUUGCUACAUCUGUUAGCAGUCACACUGCUGCUAACCAAACAGGUGCAGACCCUGAGAUCCACCAUGCUGGCAAACUGCCUUCUGGGGAAAAAACACCUGAAGUGCGGAAGAAUGGUGGAUACCGCCAAAAGUUUGCUUCCAGUAGUGCAUUGCAGCAAAAUUUGUUAACACAUACUGCUAACAUUCGUAGUGCCUCUGUGCCGUCAACACCUGUUAAUAACAUGCCAGGUGUUGCUGUAGAAGCAGAAUCUCAGCAUUUAUCAGGACACACCUCUAACAGUACCAUCAAAUAUGCAUGUCCUUCCUCACUUGGUGCUAACCUAUCUCCUUUCCAGGAUGUUCAGCUUAUUCCUCCUCCUGUUCAUCAGUUGCAUGAUUCUCCACAUGGAAGCAUAGACAGCAUCAGCAAUGAACUAGCAUGCCCUCUGGAAGCAAGAGCUUGUGAAAAUCCAUUUACUAGUAUUUUCGCAAAUGUGACAGAAGUAGAUGCUGUCUUGCCAGCUACUUUCACAUCUGGCAGCGUCUGGGCCCGUGUCAACAUGCACAACAAUCAGAAUGCUAGAGUGCACACUGCCAGACCCAAAGGGAAGUCACCAGUGCCUAGUACAAGUGGACAGAGAAUGGCAACUCGAAAUAGGCCACAGACACCAGAAUCUGCCCCAGAGCAUGUGCAUCCUAGGCAAAAUACUCCUCGGGUGCCAUCAUUGACACUAAGUGGCCAAUUUGCUCAGAGUGGCCGAUUUUCUUUUCUGGUGGAAGACACAAUUCACGUAGCUGUUGCCUCAACAGACAUUGUCUUGACAACUGCAAGGGCCAUUGUGAUUGCCACAGACAGGCAGCUUCAACACACUGGUCAAGUGGCCAGACGUGUGGCAGCAAUGGCUGGGCCUGGAUUCAGCCAUGCAUGUCAGAAGUUUUUGCAGCAAAAGACCUGUGGCCUACAGGAGUGUGAAGUUCUAGAUACUCCAGCAGGUGGUCAAAUAUCACAACUGAUAUCACAUGUCCUGCAUGUUGUAAUCCCAGAAAAGGGGGAUUGUGUUCGUCAAAAGAAGAUGUUGCUAUGUGCAUAUCUCAAUUGCCUGAAACAUGCGGAUGAGAAGCUGCGUCUCCACAGUAUUGCUUUUCCUCUUCUUGGUGCUGGAAUCUAUUCAGCAGAUAUGGACCUUCAUGUCUUCUUUGAUGCGUUGUUGAUAUUUUUGGCUGAACGCAUCAGCUCCUCCCCACUUCAUGCUGUGCAGCUCUUUCUUAACAACCCUGCUGUUGCCAGGUUUGCAGCUGAAGUUCUAGAAGCUAGGCUUGAGACAUUAAUUCUCAGUGGUGUGGAUGCUGCACUUGCAGAUGCUUUUCAAGAAUACUUUGGCAUUCCAAACUUCAGCAGAGAACAGUUUGGCAAGGCCAUUUCACCUCCUGCUAAUGAAGACAGAAAUCCUUAUGGUAAGCCUGCCAUUAAGCGUAGACGUCUCUGAUGUGAAACAUUUGUUAAAACAGUUUUUUGUGUUAACA